GGUCAAAGCAAUGCAAAAGAGAGGAAAGGAGGAUAAAGAGAAACUAGUGAUGGAGAAGGAGGAGGGAAAAAGACUAGAGAAGAAGCAAAGAGAAACUAGAAUAAAGAAGGACAUAGAAAGAGUGCUGAGGGAGAUCCAGUUCAUGGAAGAAGAGGAGGAGAGACACAGUCCAUCCUUAGAGGAGGAGAGUGUGACUCCUUACCUGAGUGUGUGCGGCAGACUGAAGCUGCAUAUCCUGAACUGUGUCAAAUACUACUAUGGAAGAAAGAUGAACGACAACCAUAAGAGAGAGCAGACCCUCCAGAGAAACAGUAUUAAGACUGGACCCCGCUAUGCUGAACUCUUCUGGCUUCUGGAAGAAAGGAGGAGACUGAUGUUCCUCAUAAAAUGGACAGAACUGACAAAAGAAGAGAUAAUGGAGAGGGAGUGGCAGAGGAUAGGACAGUGUGAGAUCAGGAGAAUAAAAAUCUACCAAAUCAAGACUGAUACGUCUGAGGGCCCCAACGACAUCGGUAUUGUGGUAGAGGGCAUGAAAGUCCUGACCACUCUGGGCAACCUUCCAAGGGCUUGCGCCAUGCUCAUUGGGUUGGCAUACGCAGUCAAUCUAGCUUAUCCCAAGAAGCUCAGAGUUUCCAUAAAACUGCGCUCCACGCUGUGA